GCGCGUCUUUCACGACGCGGACUUUCUUUUCGCAACUGUCUGGCCAUGGGGUCCCCGGACGAGACGCUGUACCGUACCCCUGAAGCCCUGCCCUUUGAGUUGGUUCAACACUCGGGUAUUUUCUUUGAAGAGAAACUCUACACUCAAGCGCUCAAUCUCCUGUUGAAUGCGCUGGCCUCGGGCACCAUUGCCUCGAACAAUGCAGUAGUACCAUUGCCGCAGCACCUCGCUCUCGCUGCCACUUUUCUCGUUCAUCCAUCUACUACGACACGUGCGCGGUCUGCGGAAGAAAAAGAGGCAGCCAAUGUCGCUCUACGGCUGCUGAGACUCACAAAUACCCUGAUUGGCCCCAAAGGCGCCAAGUUGGGCCUUGCCUUCUCUUUCACACAUUUCGAGACCUCGCGACAUGGGGGCCGGCGCCGAGCGGAGAGUCCCGUGUCUAGCGAGCUGCGGAAUGAUGAAACCAAGCCCCUGAACCUGGACCUGAGCCAAUCUGCUUCGUUAUGGUCUCGCGCAGAAGACUUUUGGCAUGUGGUGGGCUGGGCGUUUAAUUGCUCAGUGCUGUACCCGGAACGGUGGGAGCGAUGGCAGAUUUGGCUGCAUUUUAUGUGCGGUGUGCUGAAAGAUGAUUGGGAUGAGCGGUGUCGGGAAUACUCAAUAAAGAAGGCGCAGAAUCCAGAGCCUUCCCCGGAACCAGAUCCCACAGACCACGCGUCGGAGAAAGGGCAAGGAAAGGGAGCGCAGGCCAUAAAAAAAGACGGCCUAGGGAUCUUCCGGCAAAGCUUGAUCUUCCGAUACCUCUCCACAGGAGGAUUCGGGCGCAAUCGCAGGAUCCUCAGGUCUAUCUUCGCGGACGGAGGCUCUGCGGCUGUCGGGGAGUUCCGGGAGGUGUUCAGCAAAGAACUGAGGCUGCCCAAGGGCGAUCGUGACGCGCAGAAUGUCAAGAAGAGGGAGGUUGAGGUCAACAUUGAUCGGGAUGAAUAUGGCGACUACCUCUCUCAGGAUGGGACGGAUGAAGAAACCAAUACUGCCCAUGAUGCGAAUAAGGGUCGCUCUCGUUCCGGAUCACCUUCGACGGCAGGACCCAAAACGCGACGAUCGAAGCGCACUAGAAGAGGCACGAGGACUGCGCCAGACCCAUCCACUGCAGCAAAUUCUACGGCAGAGACUCUGGAUGCAGAGCAUAGGUCCUCUCCACACCCCGGCGGCAGCGUGUCUGUCCUGGGUGGCAUCAACUCCCUCACUUUGCGGCAGUGGCUCCUCAGCAUCCUAUCUAAUGUCUCUGAGCGACUUCCCAAAGACUUCAUGUCUCUGGAUGAGCUGUACCACCUCUUCGUUGAAAACAUCCGCCGUCUGUCCCUACCGAUCUUCCAGGCCUUUGUCAGCCCAUCAGUGCUCCCGCACUUCAACGCUCCCUCCCAAACGACCCUCUGCGAGUUCCUCCUGUUUCGGAUGCGCGAAAGCUCUGCCCCCGAUACAGACGAGGAAUAUUUAAACCAAGCCAAGCUGGAGCAAUGCUUUCUUCCAUUUGCGGCGGCCACCGCCAACGUCGUCGACAAUGCGAAGAUUUCGAUCCUGCUCGAGUCGUUAAUCAUCCUGUUGGCGGACAGCGACAUGCUUGUUGCAACACCCUCGUUGAAAGAGGCUGUCCAAACUGGAAUUCUCCGUCGGGCUGAGAAGGCACAGGAGGAGAUUCGCCGCAAUCAGACCAGUCGCAAUAGAGAGCCUAUUGAGUGGUGCUGGUUACUAGAAAGUGGGGAGAGGUUGAUUUUUCUGGUUGAGCAGCUGCUUCCCCCAGCCAGUCCGGUGGUUUGA